AUUCAAAAUCAGCCCUCGACUUCUCCCAUCAUUGCGCGUCCCACUCCCACCUCUCCCAGUCUCCGCCAUUCCCGUUCCCCUCCCCAGCAUUCCCACCCCUCCUCUCUGUCUCUGACCGACGGCCAUGGCCCACCUCCAGCUCACGGCGGUCGCCGGCGGCGGCCGCUGCGACGAGAUGGAGGAGGUGGCGCUGCUGGGAUCCUACGACGAGGAGGCUGGGGCGGGAGCGGGAGCGGGGCCGGAGGGGGACGAGGUGGGAGCCGGCAUGCAGCUGGUGCAGGUGCGGGUCACCGGCAUGACGUGCUCCGCGUGCACCGGCGCCGUCGAGGCCGCGCUCUCCGCCCGCCGGGGGGUGCGGAGAGCGGCCGUGUCGCUGCUCCAGAACCGCGCCCACGUCGUCUUCGACCCCGCGCUCGCCAAGGAAGAAGACAUCGUAGAAGCGAUAGAAGAUACUGGCUUCGAAGCAGAAAUUCUCCCAGACUCUACUGUUUCUCAGCCAAAAUCCCAGAAUACUAUGUCAGGCCAAUUUAGGAUAGGUGGAAUGACUUGUGCUGCAUGUGUGAACUCAGUUGAGGGGAUCUUAAUAAAAUUGCCGGGUGUAAAAAGAGCAGUUGUUGCAUUAGCGACCUCAUUGGGGGAAGUUGAGUAUGAUCCUUCUGCCAUUAGCAAAGAUGAAAUUGUUCAGGCUAUUGAGGAUGCUGGUUUUGAAGCUGCGCUGUUGCAAAGUAGUGAGCAAAACAAGGUCUUAUUAAGUGUUACUGGGUUGCAUAUCGAGGGAGAUGUGGAUGUAUUGCAUGAUAUCCUGAAGAAAAUGGAAGGCUUGCGUCAGUUCAGUGUAAAUUUUGCAAACUCAGAAGUUGAAAUUGUAUUUGAUCCCGAAGUUGUUGGUUUGAGACGGAUUGUGCAUACCAUCGGGAUGGAAAGCAACGAUAGACUGAAAGCCCGUGUACAGAAUCCAUACACACGAGCUGCUUCGAAUGAUGCACAGGAGGCCUCCAAAAUGCUUCAUCUUCUUCGCUCUAGCUUAUACCUAAGUAUUCCUGUAUUUAUCAUGCGCAUAGUAUGCCCUCACAUACAUUCCAUUAGUUCGUUCCUACUCAUGCACUGUGGGCCAUUUCAUAUAGGAGAUUUGCUGAAGUGGAUACUGGUGAGCAUGGUACAGUUUGGUGUUGGUAAACGAUUCUAUAUUGCAGCUUAUAGGGCCCUGAGGCAUGGCUCUAUGAAUAUGGAUGUUUUAGUUGUUAUUGGCACUACUGCAUCAUAUGUUUACUCUGUUUGUGCGCUUCUUUACGGGGCAUUCACUGGAUUUCAUCCUCCAAUAUAUUUUGAGACAAGCGCAAUGAUAAUAACAUUUGUGCUAUUUGGGAAGUAUCUUGAGGUGAUUGCUAAAGGAAAGACAUCAGAUGCUAUUAAGAAGCUUGUAGAGCUGGCUCCUGCUACAGCCCUUUUACUUCUGAAAGACAAAGAAGGAAAAUAUGCUGGAGAGAAGGAGAUUGAUGCGUCUUUAAUACAACCUGGUGAUGUCUUAAAAGUGAUUCCUGGUUCAAAGGUUCCUGCUGAUGGUAUUGUCGUUUGGGGUACAAGCCAUGUUGAUGAGAGUAUGGUAACUGGUGAAUCUGCACCUAUCUCCAAGGAAGUAUCCAGUUUAGUAAUUGGAGGCACAAUGAACUUGCAUGGUAUCCUUCAUAUACAAGUGACUAAAGUAGGAUCAGGGACAGUUUUGAGCCAGAUAAUAUCUCUGGUUGAGACUGCCCAGAUGUCUAAAGCUCCUAUUCAGAAGUUCGCUGAUUAUGUGGCCAGCAUUUUUGUUCCAAUUGUCAUCACCUUGUCCUUACUGACAUUCUUAGCAUGGUUUCUAUGUGGAUGGUUGGGAGCAUAUCCAAAUUCAUGGGCUGCUGAAACUAGCAAUUGCUUUGUUUUCUCCCUCAUGUUCUCCAUCUCUGUUGUUGUCAUUGCCUGUCCAUGUGCUCUUGGUCUGGCAACACCUACUGCUGUUAUGGUAGCAACUGGAGUUGGGGCUAACCAUGGAGUACUUGUAAAGGGUGGAGAUGCACUGGAGAGAGCCCAGAAUGUGAAAUAUGUUAUCUUUGAUAAAACCGGGACCCUGACACAAGGGAAGACUACUGUAACAACAACAAAGAUUUAUUCAGGAAUGGAUCUUGGGGACUUCCUCACAUUGGUUGCAUCGGCAGAGGCAAGCAGUGAGCAUCCACUUGCAAAAGCUAUCUUGGAUUAUGCAUUUUAUUUUAAUUCCCUUUGCAAACUUCCCUCAUCAAAAGACAGUAUUAAGAAAAGAAAAGAAGAGAUAUUUUCUCAGUGGCUCCUGGAAGUCACAGACUUUUCUGCCUUGCCUGGCAAAGGGGUCCGAUGCUUGAUUAACGGGAAGGAAAUUUUGGUGGGCAACCGUACUUUGAUAACUGAAAACGGGGUAAAUAUUCCUGAAGAAGCCGAAAGUUUCUUGAUAGACCUGGAGCUGAAUGCAAAGACUGGCAUUCUCGUAGCAUACGAUAGUCACUUCAUUGGCUUGAUUGGGACAACCGAUCCCUUGAAAAGGGAGGCUGCUGUGGUUGUAGAAGGCCUAAAAAAGAUGGGCGUUUAUCCAGUUAUGGUCACCGGGGACAACUGGAGGACUGCACAAGCAGUUGCAAAGGAGGUUGGCAUUGAGGAUGUGAGAGCCGAGGUCAUGCCAGCCGGAAAAGUCGACGUCAUCCGCUCUCUCCAAAAGGACGGCAGCGUCGUUGCAAUGGUCGGAGACGGCAUCAACGACUCCCCGGCCCUGGCAGCAGCCGACGUCGGAAUGGCCAUCGGCGCCGGAACCGACAUCGCUGUCGAGGCGGCGGACUACGUGCUGAUCCGGAACAACCUGGAGGACGUGAUCACGGCGAUCGAUCUCUCGCGGAAGACGUUCAACCGGAUCCGCUGGAACUACUUCUUCGCCAUGGCGUACAACGUGGUCGCCAUCCCCGUGGCCGCCGGUGCGCUGUUCCCGUUCACCGGGCUCCAGAUGCCGCCGUGGCUGGCCGGCGCGUGCAUGGCGUUUUCGUCUGUCAGUGUGGUGUGCUCGUCGCUGCUGCUGAGGAGGUAUAGGAAACCGAGGCUGACUACUGUGCUGCAGAUAACGGUGGAGUGAUGUUUUCCAUGUACCACUUUGUUGUACGUAGUAUCAUUUUACUGGAGAGAUGAGAUGAAAAUGCGUCUCCUUCACGUUCAAUGUAUGGUACAGUUUUGACAGUCAUUCUUGUUCAUAUCCUACAGUUUGCAAUUGAAUUGCA